CUACAGUACUUUAUGUAUACAAUGAAACAUAUGUUCUCGGAAUCCAAUAGUCAUUUAUGAGAUAAAGCGAGGAUAUCAGAGAGAAUGUUCAAUCAGUUGUUUACAUUGUUAGCUGAACAGGCCCCUUAAUACUGCGUAUAAGGUUGAAUAAAAAAGUAUUUGAAAUGUAUUUAGUUUUAAAAGGAUUACAGCUGAGGUUCGUCAUUGGUUUACUUAUUAGUUUUCAACACGUCGUUACAGCAGACCAUUCUAGCGGGGCGAGUGAAGUUUGGAGCGAAUCGACAAAACCAACACGAUUGGUGAACAUCUUGUACCAAAUGUGUUUAAAUGAAGUUCCCAUUUACGUAAACGCUACUGUGAAGCCGAGUGACUCGUCUCUACCACAUCAGUUCAACCUUACUGUCAAACGAGUGGAGAAAUAUAGUUUCUUGGUUGAAAUAUUGCGCACAGAUCUCGACUCUGGAUGGGAAAACAUUUUACUUACAAUUAACUGGAAGGCAUACCCACCGAAAGAAAUAAAAACCUGCCGCCAACUAUACGAUUUCGGCUACAGAAGAAAUGGCUUGUACAAUAUUUACUUGGACGGAAGCACUAAGUUGGAAGUUUAUUGUGACUUGGAAAAUCUCGAUGGCGGGUGGACGGUGAUUCAACGCAGAGUAGACAACCGAACAGACUUUAAUCGAAAUUGGAUUGAUUAUAAAACUGGAUUUGGAAACAGAAGGGCGAGUUUUUGGAUCGGGUUGGAAAAUAUACGAGCAUUGACAAAGAAUGGAGACAACGAACUUCGGAUAGACAUAACUACUUGUAACAAUACAAAGAUCGUGGCUGAAUAUUCGAAUUUUAUGGUUGGACCAGAAAACGACAGGUACAGGUUAUACCUCAGCGGCAUUACAGAAGAAGGAGAAUGCGGUUUCGUGGGUGGAUCGAGUGUUCGUUGGCCAUGUGGAAACACAAAUAUUUCUCAAAAUUUAUGCGAAAUGAAUCCAAAAGGUUGCUGCUAUGAUUCAAGCGUUUUAAUCGGCCAACGUUGCUUUCAUACAAGAGUUGCAGACUUUUCUCGCGGAAGUAAUGAAGUUUGGAGUGAAUCGACCAAACCAACACGAUUGGUGAACAUCUUGUACCAAAUGUGUUUAAAUGAAGUUCCUAUUUACGUGAAAGCUACUGUGAAGCCGAGUGACUCGUCUCUACCACAUCAAUUCAACCUUACUGUCAAACGAGUGGAGAAAUAUAGUUUCUUGGUUGAAAUAUUGCGCACAGAUCUCGACUCUGGAUGGGAAAACAUUUUACUCACAGUACAUUGGACGGCAUACAUGAAAGCAGAAAACUGCUACCAGCUAUAUAGUUUCGGCCACAGAAGAAAUGGCUUGUACAAUAUUUACUUGAACAGAAGCACUAAUUUGGAAGUUUAUUGUGACUUGGAAAAUCGCGAUGGCGGGUGGACGGUGAUUCAGCGCAAUAUGGAUAAUCGAACAGAUUUUGAUCGAGUGUGGGUAGAUUAUAAAACUGGAUUUGGAAACAAGCUUGCCAGCUUUUGGAUUGGGUUGGAAAAUAUACGAGAAAUGACAAAGAAUGGAGACAACGAACUUCGGAUAGACAUUACAACUUGUGACAACACAAAGAUCGUCGCUGAAUAUUCAAAUUUCAUGGUUGGGCCAGAAAGCGACCGAUACAGACUUAACAUCAGCGGUUUUAGAGAAGCUGAAGAAUGUGGUUUUAAUACAAGAAAUCGCUGGCGCUGUCCAAAAUCUAUUAAUGUGUCUCAAACCAGAUGCGAACAGUUAUCAGCAGGAUGUUGCUCUGAUUCGAGUGUAGCAGGCGAGGAACGUUGUUUCUUCACGAACGAUGCAAUGCGGUUUUGUAAUGGUUACCGAUUUUCAACAAAAGACGUUGUAACAAAGAAAAAAUGUCCAAAUUCAAGAAAGGCGGGGUGGUGGUUUAACUUCUGUACAUUUGCUAAUCUGAACGGUAAUUACGACCCAUGUAAAGUUGGGACAAGAUAUUCUCACUGGCGUAGAAAAAUUCAUGCGAGUGGUCGUAAAGGCUUAAGGUUUACUGAGAUGAAAAUACGACCGCGGAGAAAUUAUUAACUUUUUAUAACCUGUUCAACAACUUUCUCGUUUUCAAAGUUUUUGUUUCAACUGAUUUAGUUAAAUAUUUAGCAUAUGUA